AUGGAAGCGCAGAAGGAUGAAGGCCGAGGGCCGUGGUCAUCUUCGCCUCCCGCUCCCUCCAGCUCUGUCUGCUACAGGAGCGGUCUCAUACUCUUCCUCCUCUUCUUCCUUAUUAUUGGCAUCUUUGUCGGCCUGGUUAUAGCGUACCUUGUGCAGGAGCAGCAUCAUUUCAUGGAGACAGUGGAGCUCAGAGGUCUGAAGUACGAUGCUGCACUGCAGGAUAAGAGCUCUGGUUUCUCCAUAGUACUGUCCUCGGUUUUAAAGUCCAGGAUUAAAAAUGUCUUCACUGCCUCAUCCACAACACAUCACUUUGUUGAUUGCAGCAUUGUUGCCUAUGGUAACAUUAAUGGAGAUGUGAUGGCGACGCUCCGACUCGUCUUCAGGGUGGCCAAGAUCCAGCAGUAUUCGGAAAACUUUGUUCAGGACUUGCUGAGUGCAGGGCUCAGCUCAUCGAUGCACGGGAAACCGCUGGAGGUGCCUGAGUUUGGACAGAUCGACGCUAUCAUCCUGCUGGGAGCCAGUGGAAAGUCAUUUUAUGCUAUUGGAGACAGUAUGAUAGCCAGCUGUCCUGACAACACUUUCACCUGUGACAGCGGAGAAUGUGUCACAAAAGUAAACCCAGAGUGUGACUUCGUCCCAGACUGCGCAGAUGGAUCUGAUGAAGCUCGCUGUGCCUGUGGUACGCGUCCUGCCAUGGGGAGUCGGGUGGUGGGCGGUGAGGACGCACGGCGAGGGGAGCUGCCGUGGCAGGUCAGCCUGAGGUUCCAUGGGCGGCACAUCUGCGGAGCCACCAUCAUCAAUGAACGCUGGCUCGUCAGUGCAGCUCACUGCUUUGAGAGGGUCAAUAACCCCAAAGAAUGGACAGCCCUGGUUGGGGCGACGCUGGUGAGCGGUGAGGAGCCAGAGUCCAGAACGAUUAACAUCAAGUCCAUAACUGUGUCUCCAGACUACAACCCCAUGACCACGGACAAUGAUGUAACUGUGCUGGAGCUGGAGACGCCUCUCACGUUCAGCUCUUACGUGCAGCCUGUCUGCAUACCCUCCCCAUCUCAUGUUUUUGCACCUGGUCAGAGCUGCAUUGUGUCCGGUUGGGGUGCCGUACACCAGUUUAGCUUCACGCUGCCUUCCACGCUGCAGAAAGCUGUGGUGAAAGUCAUUGACUCCAAGGUGUGCAAUAAGUCAUCUGUGUACAGAGGAGCGAUCACUCCAAACAUGAUGUGUGCUGGAUUCCUGCAGGGCAAGGUGGACUCGUGUCAGGGGGACUCUGGAGGACCUCUGGUGUGCGAGGGGGCCCCGGGUAGAUUCUUCCUGGCCGGGAUAGUGAGCUGGGGUGUGGGCUGCGCUCAGGUCAACAGACCUGGGGUUUAUUCCCGUGUUACCAGGCUCCGUAACUGGAUUCUAAGCCAGACUGAUCCCACCUCGGUUCAUGAUUAUGGCCAGCAUGUUCCCACAGUGACAGAGUUUAAUACCCCACCAGCACCCGGGACCUCAGCUGAUAACGUCUCCUUAAUCUUAAGAGCUUUAUCAGUUACUGAGAUUCAUUUAUUUAAUCUCUCCGUGUUUUUUCCAGCCUUGAAUUGCAGUGGAAACUUUGAGUGUAGCUCCACUUCCUGCAUCAGCAAGGUCAACCCGGAGUGUGACAGAGUCGCAGACUGUCCCAAUGGGGCUGAUGAAAGAAACUGUGAGUGCGGCGUGCGCCCUGCACUGGGCUCCCAUAGGAUCGUGGGUGGAGUCACAGCUCGGAGGGGAGAGUGGCCUUGGAUCGGGAGUCUUCAGUACCAGAGGCUUCACAGAUGCGGUGCCACGCUCAUUCACAAGAGGUGGUUACUGACUGCAGCGCACUGCUUCAAAAGUGACUCUACUCCCAAUAACUGGGCCGUGAGCCUGGGAUCUGUGCUGCGAUCUGGGGUAGGAGCCCUGGUCGUCCCCAUCCAGAGGGUAAUCAUCCACCCGGCCUUUAAUGGCACCAACAUGGACCAUGAUGUGGCUUUGCUGGAGCUGGCCGUCCCAGCCCCGAUGUCUUACACCAUCCAGUCUGUCUGUCUUCCAUCACCAGUACACCGCUUCUUAAAGAGCGCAGAGUGCUACAUCACAGGGUGGGGAUCCAUGAGAGAGGGAGGUUCAUUGACCAACCUGCUACAGAAAGCUGCUGUGAACAUCAUUGACCAGACGGACUGUCAGCAAUCAUACGGUAGCGUUCUGACUUCAAACAUGAUGUGUGCGGGAUUCAUGGCGGGAGGUCGGGACACCUGCUUGGGAGACUCUGGAGGGCCGCUGACAUGUCGUCAGCCCUCCGGUCAGUGGUUUAUCGCUGGAGUAACCAGCUGGGGACACGGAUGCGGCCGAGUCGGUUUCCCGGGAGUUUACACUCGUGUGACGUCUAUCAGGAGCUGGAUAUCCACAUACCUACCCUUCUGAUGAAGGAAGAACUGUGUCUGCAGAGAACUGAGAUCAUGCUAAACAGCCACACACAAAUACUCAGUGUACACAGCACUGACCUCUGUGACCCGCCGGUCACGGGUGCUGGCGGUAGUGCUGUGCUUUUACCUGAACUGAGGAAACAAUCCUGAUGUGUGGCUUAAACAU